GUGAGAGAAGAGAGGAGGUGUUGUUUUGACAAGUUCGAGACCUGAACAAGGAGAUCGUUUAUUGCAUUUUAUCAUUUUUUAUCGACGUUAAAACACAUUUAUGAAGCCAGCAGUUGAUGAAAUGUUCCCCGAGGGAGCCGGUCCGUACGUGGACCUGGAUGAGGCAGGGGGCAGCACUGGACUGCUGAUGGACCUGGCCGCCAAUGAGAAGGCGGUGCACUCAGACUUUUUCAAUGAUUUUGAGGAUCUAUUCGAUGAUGAUGAUAUUCAGUGAUGAAGAUGAAAAAUAGGAUUAAACGCUGUAUAAAAAUGUUAGUUGCUGUACAUGGAAUUUGUUUCUUUUGUUAUGCUAUGUUGCCACCUCUUCAGUUUUGUUAGUUUUGCCAUCAAUAAACUUUUUGUGAAA